AUGCCUCCGAAUACCGUAGCCCCGUCUACGUCGGCCAUGGAGAUGACGAAGAAAGUGUCUUUUGAUUGCCCAUCAAGCUCUAGCAGUUCAUCAACAGAGCUUUCGAACUGUGAGGCUAAUGAAGACCUGCACCCUUAUCGUGCCAUCCCACUCUCGACGAAAAACGUCAUUUUCCUCACGGUCGGCAUGGCGUUCUUCUCCUUCAUAUAUUUGUUUCCGGCUCAACACGAUAAAUUUCUAUUCUAUGGGAUGACCGGGUUGAUAGUCCUCUUCAUUACGACAAUAUACACAGUGGGGUCAUUGUCGGUGGUUUACAUGGUCACCGAUCCUUAUUCCAAAGAGUUGAAGGACGUCCAAUUCGAAUCCUACCAAGGCCAUUUCCACUCGCUUCCCGUCAUUUCUGAAGCCAGCGAAGAAGUGGCCGUU